AUGGCCACACAACAGGACUUAGACGCCCUAACGAGCGCCGAGCUCAAGGCCUCAGCGAGAGGCAUCAUCUCACUCUCCGCAGAGGAACGGAAGACCAAGUCGACCCUCAUCACUGCUAUCCUUGCGAAAUCUCCUCAAUCUUUUCUUGAGACUCUUCGUCGACAGUCAGUGCAGAAGAAGAAGAAGCGUCCUCAUAGCUCCGUGGAUCUCCCACAGUCUAUCCAUACAGAUUCAGGGCUUCACAGCUCUGCCGGUGAGCCACCGCGGGCCCUUCCUCGUCGUCGCUUCGAAGAACCGGACUUCUCCAAAUUCUUGCAACUUCCGUCGGUCGAACAGACACACCAUCUGUAUCAACAGUUCUAUGACGCGACAUCAAAUGCGGCAUUAAACACUUCCACAUGCUCCAUCUGUGCUCGCGAACGGAAUGUCGCCGAUGAUGGCAUAUCUACCCUCCUCCUUUGCGACAUUCCAAAUCCACAGCGUUUGUGCCCGAAAGACGCGACAUCACACCCCCAUCAUACACUGUUCUCUAACAUGCUUCUGGAGCCUAGCGGUAAACGCGGAGUGAGUGCGUCAGACCCGGCAGGAGCCACCCUACAGCGUGGCAUGCGCGGCACGGUGACAACGUACGAGCAGGAUAUCAAAGGUGUCACCGCCAUGACAGAGGGUAAGCGGAUGCCACGUCCAGUCGCUCUCCUCGCCUCUGUCAUGUCCGUUACAUUCGUUGGGCGAGGAAAGCUGCCUAAAGGCUGGCUGUACAGUACCUUCAAAGUACGCCGCGCCGCUAUCCGCGAGGCCCUCCUGUGGCUCCGAGAGCAUAAUCCCAAAUACUACGGAGACAUCGAGAUCGAUGAAGAACGUCUUCGAGCUCUUCCCGAGGACGAUGUGCCCGAAGAAGUCUUGGCGAAUGUUCGGCAGACAGAGGAUGUUGGAGUAUUGCUCGAGGAGAGCGGCGCAGGCUAUGUUCCAGAUGAAACCCAGGAAGUGGAGUACGGUGCGUAUCCCUAUCACGACCGUUUGCCCGAUGUCAUUCCGUUACUCGUUUCCGGAGCGAGCGACACAGAUCUCAGUGGCGUUACGCCAACAGAAUUGAUGCUGUACGGCCUUAGCAACCUCUGGAACGAUGACUCCGAAGGAGGCUACGCUGUUCGGCGAGGCACAGACCCAGUGAGCGACUUUGGUCGUCCACCCCGUGGGGAGGUUCGACCAUACGACCCAAAUCGCACCAAUUUCUUCGAGAGGGCAUUCCCCACAUUAUUCCCUUACGGUCGUGGAGGCGUCGAAGCCGACCGAGAGACCCUUGUAUCGUAUCAGGAUCACAUUCGGUGGCUUCUUCAGUACCACGAUCGCCGCUUCCGACGCCACAAUACUUUUCCCUUUGUCGCAUUUGGCAUCGAGCAGCGACGACAGGGUCUUAACUCCGCGCGCAUACAGAUGCGGCGUAAGAACUUCGACGCGGACGCCCGUCUCCUCUCCACCAUCACGAAAGAGAAGCUCGAGUGCGCUGUCGAAGAGGAGUCGAAGAACCGACCGAUAUCCGACCCCGCUGUACGUCUACUAAGGAAGCAUAUUCACGCCACAGGAGCCCGCGUGAAGGGUUCAGAUCAUAGCAGGUACUCACUGCGAAGUCAGAUAUGGUCGACCACCGUCGUAAAGGGACCUCCCACUGUUUGGAUGACCAUCAACCCGAACGAUCUCCACGAUCCCAUCGCGCAGAUAUUUGCAGGCGAGGAGAUCGACAUGGAAUCGUUUAUGACCACGCUCGGACCCGACAAGACCAAACGCGCCGCGAACAUCGCCGACGAUCCGUACGCCGCUGCCAAAUUCUUUCACUUCAUCAUCCGCACCAUCCUUGAAACCCUUUUUGGAGUCCAAGUGACCGGUGGGAAGCGUGUCGUCAGUGAGAUGGGAGUACUUGGUGAAAUAGCGGCUUACUUUGGAGUUGUUGAGUCUCAAGGACGAGGCACGCUACAUCUUCACAUCCUCUUCUGGCUGCUUCACGCGCCCUCCUCAGAGGAGAUGCACGAACUCCUACAAUCCGAGGAUUUUCGCAACCGUGUCAAGACGUAUAUCUCGACGAACAUGACGGCGUACCUUCCUGGUCUGUCCUCGAAAGCCGACGCGGCCUCCGUCCCAAACGAAACCGAAAUUGGCUACAACCGACCACCGAACCCGACCGCAUCUGACUACACCGAACAGCUGACGUCCUUCGAACUUCGUGUCGUUCGUGCCACACAAGUUCAUAAGUGUGAACUUCGCCGUUGUCUCAUCCUCGACCAGAACGGCAAGUAUCGUUGCAAAAGAGGCGCUCCAUUCCAAGUGGCCGAGCACGACUUCAUCGAUGCUAGCGGAGUCUGGGGCCCAAAGCGACUAUUCGACAAGUUGAAUACAUGGAAUCGGGCCAUCAGCAUAAAUGUGCGGUGCAAUAACGAUGCGAAGUUUCUUACCAGUGGCGCCGAGACCAAGAACGUCGUGUUCUAUGUAUCCACAUAUCAGGCGAAGAAGCAGAACCGGUCUCAUACCGCAUCGGCGCUCAUGGCACAGGGGCACGCAUACCACACCGAGCACACCGACUACACCGACAGCCUGGAGAACGACCAGCGCAAGUUGCUCAUACGCAUCCUCCAGACAAUCAAUCGUCAUCAAGAGCUCUCCGGACCCAUGGUUGUAUCGUACUUGAUGGGAUGGGACGACACAUAUAAGUCGCACCACUAUACACCGAUCUACUGGUCCUCAUUCAGCGGUGCCAUCAUGCGUACUUUUCCGGAGCUGAAACGUUCAAGGUGA